AUGGUUGGGGCAAUCAUGAUUGCAGUCACUAUGAAGAUGCAGGGGCUGAGUGUGAGGGAGAGGUGCUCCCUAUCAGGCUACGGGGUGGCUCCACUGAUAUGGAGGGGAGAGUGGAGGUCUAUUACAACGGGACGUGGGGCACAGUGUGUGACGACUACUGGGGACCUCAGUGAUGCAACAGUCGUCUGCCGUCAGCUGGGAUAUGAUGUGGCCGUCAGUGCCGAGAGUUUGGCCACUUUUGGACAAGGACAAGGUCCGAUCUGGCUGGAUGAUGUGGCCUGUGUUGGCACGGAGAGCUCUCUCUCUGAGUGCUCCAACUUGGGUUAUGGUGUCCACAACUGUCGCCACUACGAAGACGCUGGUGUCCGAUGCUCAAAUGAUGUGACGCCGCCCCCAGAGACCCACCUGAGAAUAAUGGGAGGAAAUAAUGAAAGUGAGGGGAGAGUGGAGAUCUUGUUCAACGGUACAUGGGGCACCAUCUGUGACGACUCCUGGGACAUCAGGGACGCCGAGGUUGUAUGUCGAAAUCUUGGCUUUGACUCUGCGACUGAGGCCUCUCCAACGGAUACUUCGGACCUGGUGGGUCGAGCCAGCCCAUCUGGUUGGACGACGUCCAGUGUUUCGGGACAGAGUACAACCUCACCUCCUGUCUCACCUCUCGCUUUGGGGAUACCAGUCACUGCUCCCACUAUGACGAUGCUGGAGUACGAUGUCACUUGGCAAUUAGUGGUCCGAGGGUACGACUGGUGA